CUGUUAUUCCACCGUUGAGUGGGGGUUAAUUAUUUUUUACACAUUUCAAUAUAAAUUAUAGCCAUGGAUCACCUCAAGUUAACUUUUGAUAAACUGUCUGUAGAAGAAGUGAGCGAUUUAGUAAUAGAUGACCAAUGUGGAGCUGUGUCAAUAUUUGCUGGAACUACGAGAGAUAAUUUUGAAGGAAAAAAGGUGCUGAGACUCGAGUAUGAAGCGUACGAGCCAAUGGCCUUGAAAUCAAUGAAAAGUAUUUGUGACGACGUCCGGAACAAAUGGCCCGCUGUACACGGUAUCGCAAUGUAUCAUAGGCUAGGCAACGUUCCGUGCAGAGAAGUGUCAGUGGUUAUAGCAGUGAGUAGUCCACACAGGCGCGACUCCCUUGACGCUGUGUCCUAUUGCAUCGACCAGCUCAAAUCGAACGUACCGAUAUGGAAAAAGGAGGUUUAUGAAGGUUCUGAAGCUGUUUGGAAGGAAAAUGUCGAAUGUAAAAUAUCACAAGACCUACCAAAAACACCAGUAAUCGAAAAUACCAUUGACAAGAACCUAGUACAGAUAAAUGUGUCUAGCGAAGAACUACAAAGACGCAUACAGAACUUCAUUGAGAGAAAGAGAAAACAAGUUGACAUCAGCAAUAUACACGAUUUUAUACCUUCCAAAAGCGAGAAUGAGGCAGAAGAUAUGGAGACAUGCGCUAGAGUGAGAACGCAGUUCGUUAAACGUACUGAUUCGAAAGGGCACUUGAAAAUCCGAAAAGUCCACAACGAAUGGGGACCGCAAACGGUAUCCAUGGAUCAACCACAAGUGAAGACCGAGGCCGGGCUACCCGCCGCCAUCGCGGAGCGGGUACUGGCCAUCGAAACCUACCUCAACACCGGACCCGUAGCUCCCGACAUUUACAAACGACUAAAGGAUAUGGAAGAUAAAAUCGCUUACUUACAAACUAUUUCACCGGAGUAUGCGUUGUUUUGGAGGCAUAAACGAGAAAGUCCAGAAGUUAAAGAAGAGUUGCAAGUAGAUUACACAUUUUCAGCGGACGAUAUAUCAAGGAAAAUAGAGUUGCUCGAAAAACAGAAUAGUAGUAAUUAAUUACCACUUUUAUAUGUAUUUUUUAACUUUUGUAUUUUCUUACUAAAAAAGUAUAUGUAGUCAUUUAUUUUAUUGUAACCAUUGUUCAUUAGACAAUGUUUGUGAAGAGAACAAUACACAUACACAUAUAAGAGAUAGUUAAGUUUUUAUUUUAUUUUAUCAUAAGGUUGUGUUUAUUAUCUUUUUCUCUUAUGUUCGACUUGAAUAUAUAAUGGAACCAACUGCCGCUAGCGUAUCAAGCGGUUCAGUUGUACACAUCUUUAUUACAUACACUUAAAAAAAUAAGUUUCUUUUGUUAAUGAUAAAACUAAAUACUUUAUUUCUGCGAGGAACAAGCAUUGUUAUAAUAAGUCUGUUGUUAAUAAAACGAAAUAAAAAAUUUAUUAAAACUAUUUA